AUUCCUUUAUUUUUUUAUGUUGUCCAUAAUCAGGUGACACCAAGCCCAGGCAGGCAGCAAAGGCGGUGAGAUAUUCUGAGCCACCGGAGUGAUCGCUUGUCCGGCCUAUCAGAGCGGCCGUCUCCGCUGUCUGACCCGAGAGGGAGGGCUCUAUGAAGAGGGCACAGCGAGCUGUGAAUAUGGUUCGGUGUGAAGUUGAGUAAAUUACUGUAUGGCUGCAGAUCUCAAGGGAAGUGAUUCCCUUUCAAAUCACACCUUCUGCUUUGUUUUCGGUGCGUAAAACACUGCUUAAACGGCUACUGGACUAUCAUCAAAACGUUAUUUACAACGAUCACAUGAUGCUGCAUUGUAUGUCAAAUUGUAACUUCAGGCUAUAGGGAUGGCGUCUUCCGGAUAGUGUGAAAUCGCGGAGGGUCUAAUUGAAGGCAUUUCUUCAUAAGUGUUUGAUGCAUAAUAGACGUGGAAAUCAGUAAGUUGUGGAGGAGGUCAACCGCACACAUGUUGCAACUAAGCGCAACUUUCGAUUUGCAGCAGGAUGUGGUGUCAAGUAUAUUUAAGAAAGAGGCGACUGUAGGAAUAAUCAAAGAAUACUCAGGGAUCGUUGACACUCGGAUCCUCAACAUUGAAAGGGAUGGAGGAGUCCUCUACUCCUGGAAAGGGGAAACAGGGACCACCAGGAUCGGGAAAUACGACCCCAAUACCAGACAGAAUAAGCUCCUCUACACAUUUGACAAGCAGGUGUGUGUCAGCAGCUGUUCUCUGAAUAAGGAGGAGACUCUGCUGGCGGUCAGUUUGGCACAGAGGACAAGAACAGAGGAGCGCCUCAGACCAGUUUCAAAAUGUCUGACCCUCCUCAUUGAGAUCCAUCCCAUUAACAACACUAAGGUCCUGAAGGCUGUCGACUGCCGGGUCAGAGUUCAGUUCCUCCAUCCAGACACAGAGAGGGACUCAGUGCUGGAGAGUCACCUGCUGCUGGUAGCAGAAGAUGGCUAUGUGGAGCAGCUCCAUGUAAUGCUGGUCAGACAAGAGGGUUACAGAGUGGUGAUGUUGAACCCAGAGUGCCUGGCCAAAGACAGGGUGGCAGAGGAGUUCAGCUGGGUCCAGUGGGACAGCCAGACACAGAGACUCUUCUACCUCACAUACAGGGAAAAAGCUGUGCUGAAAUGUGUGCAAUUCUGCCAUGACCGCAACUGUGAGACCUUGUUUGAGCUUGUCCUGGAGUUGCCCUCUAACCCUUUCAGCUGUAUGAGGUUUGUUAACCUGGGCUUUGACCAUCAGCAAGAGAGGCAGCAGGAACGGGAGGAGAUGAGGAUGGUGGUGAUCACCAAUAACACAGGGAGUAUGUGUGUGUGUUACAGCCAGCCUGCUUGUGUCAACCAGGAGAUCACAUACACCAUAGUCCUGGUGCACAGAGGCUGCAGUAAAACGUUCUCAGUGGCUCUGGAUGGCACCCCUAGUCCAUGUGGUACAGAUCUCCUCCCUCUCUUCAUCCCUAUAGGUUACUACGUGGUAGUCUACCUGUCUGGUCACUUCCUGCACUGCAUCAACACCAGGCAACAGGAGCUGCUAUGCCACAGCCUCUUCCUCUCAGGUGUUGAUGCAGAGCUGGGUGUGUUGGGAUCAGACAGUGUGGUGUUGUCUCUACCCGAGUCCUCUCUGCUGGACCUGAACACGGGCAGGAUGUACACUGUAGACCUCAACCCCUCCUUCCUAAUGGACCUACUGCACUGCAGCCACAGUAGACCUGACGCUCAACGCCUGGCUGCCCUGCACUGUCUGCUGCUCUACAUGGGACCCAACGCUGCACUAGAACUGAAGAUCAUAGAUUGGAUCUGUGACAAUGUCAUGCCGUUCGACACCUUCGAUCAAAUUCAGGAAUUUAUUCUGGCGUCACUGUACAGGAUCAUCUAUAAGAAGUGUCUCAGUCUGGAUGAAGUCCUACCCUACUCCUCUGUGUUUGAGAAGAAGAAGGUACCUGAGGCUCUAGACCAGGUCCCCGGUGUCACCUGCACCACAGAGCUCCAUGCUGAACCAGUGUUCAAAGGAAAGGCCAGGAGUCUCCAGGGUUAUUGGGAAGAGCUGCAGUGGAGCACAGAAAAGAUGAAGUACUUUGAGGCGGUUCCAAACCCACGAUACAGAGCAUCUCAGAACCUGCCAGACUGGACCAAGCUGCUCACUACCCUGAAGUCAAAGAACAAGAAGGCUUCUAACUAUCUACGUCACAUUGAGGAGAACACUAAACAAGUUCUGUCGAUGGUGGACAGCUGGAAUCUUGAUCAGAAAGUGGUUCCGUUGUUCCAGGAGGAGGAUAGCCAGCAGAGGGCGCUCAUAGGCCUGAUGGUGGACAAACUGAGAGAGCACCUCAACAGACACCUGCCUCGUCUGGGGAAGAAGAAGAUCGACGUGCUGGUGGUGAACUACGUGGCCAAGCUGCUGGAGCUGAUCAGACGCAUGCUGGAGUCUGUGUGGCUGAAGUACAAACUAGGCCCUCUGGUGCUGUGCUUAAAGCAGCGGGGGAGUUCAGCAGAGUGGGCUGUGUUUCACGUGAUGUGUCGGAUACUGGAGGCUACAAAGACUCUGUGUCUCCCCCUCCCUCCUGGGUAUCACACUCUACUGUCCGUGUUGGGGGUUCGCUGUCUCCCCAGACACACCUUCCUGCAGUACGUUGACCAUGGUGUGCUGCAGCUCACCGAGACCUUCGUCUCACGACUCAUGACAGAUGAAUGCUGUAACCGUGUCUGCCUCCUCCAUGCUUCAAUACAGAUGAAUGCUGUAACUGUGUCUGCCUCCUCCAUGCUUCAAUACAGAUUAAUACUGUAACUGUCUGCCUCCUCCAUGCUUCAAUACAGAUUAAUACUAUAACCGUGUCUGCCUCCUCCAUGCUUCAAUACAGAUUAAUGCUGUAACCGUGUCUGCCUCCCCAUACUUCAAUACAGAUUAAUACUGUAACUGUGUCUGCCUCCUCCAUGCUUCAAUACAGAUUAAUGCUGUAACCGUGUCUGCCUCCUCCAUGCUUCAAUACAGAUUAAUACUAUAACCGUGUCUGCCUCCUCCAUGCUUCAAUACAGAUUAAUGCUGUAACCGUGUCUGCCUCCCCAUGCUUCAAUACAGAUUAAUGCUGUAACUGUGUCUGCCUCCUCCAUGCUUCAAUACAGAUUAAUGCUGUAACCGUGUCUGCCUCCUCUAUGCUUCAAUACAGAUUAAUACUGUAACUGUCUGCCUCCUCCAUGCUUCAAUACAGAUUAAUACUGUAACUGUCUGCCUCCUCCAUGCUUCAAUACAGAUUAAUGCUGUAACCGUGUCUGCCUCCUCCAUGCUUCAAUACAGAUUAAUGCUGUAACCGUGUCUUCCUCCUCCAUGCUUCAAUACAGAUUAAUGCUGUAACCGUGUCUGCCUCCUCCAUGCUUCAAUACAGAUUCAUACUGGCAACAAAGUGUUGAUUUAGCUAGUCAACUGAAAAAAAAGAGUUGUGUAUGUUGCUAUGACAACCAGCUCAAUUUGUUGUCUGUCUAGUUCGGAAACAUUGACUUUAUAUGAGAAGGUAGAGAAAAGCUAAUUAAGAAAAGGAAUGAGAGACUGACAAGUUUUAUACAAAUGUCUGCUGUUGAAAACCAAAUUACUUUAUAAGAAAUGGGAGAUAAUGUCUAGAUGCUUUUUAUAGUGGAGACCAAGUUUAUACAUUUCCUGGCAGGGUUGAUGAGGCAGUCAUAAGGAGCUAACGAGGCACGAUUUAGCCUGGCAUAGAACAUGUGCUCUCUCGUUAGGACACUGUUGUUUCAUCAUAGUGCCUAAUAGUUUUUGCGACUGCACUUGAAGAAACAUUAAAAGUUCAUUACAUUUCCCGGAUUGACGGACCUUCAUGUCUUAAAGUAAUGAUGGUCUGUCAUUUCUCUUUGCUUAUUUGAACUGUUCUUGACAUACUAUGGAUUUGUUCUUUUACCAAAUAGGCCGAUCUUCUGUAUACCACCCCUACCUUGUCACAACACAACUGAUUGGCUGGUACUGUAGUUGGAGUGAGGGACUGGAACGAGGGACUGGAGAGAGGGACUAGAGCGAGGGAUUGAGGGACUGGAGUGAGGGACCGGAGCGAGG